CGUGCAAUAUGCGUCAUUCUAUAGGGUUCAGUUCGGACGCAAGCGCGGUUACUGAGCGUUACGUUCCGAUAUAAAGGAGCUUGCGAAUAGAACAAGCGCAUUACUCUAACGAAGCACCCUGCCACGCUGAGAUGAACGUCAUCCUAAUUCCGUUCUUCCUAGCGGCCAACGUGGUCGUCAAGGACACGUCGGAAUGGACGUACGGACCGGAGUAUUUGUACAACAUGAACUUGACCGUCGUGAUUAAAUCGGAUUUAGACCCGGCGGAACCGAUCGGUAAUAUGGAGCUGAUAUCCGCGAUGAAGUGUCGACCGAUGGUGGCGGAGAACAGUCUGCUCUGCAUCGUGCAAAACUUCAAGACCAACGUGGGCUUGAAAACACUUGAGGAGGAAAACACGACUCACGAGAUCAAGACUGAGAAGAUGUUCAAGAUUAAGUUUAACGAGCGAGGUGUGGAGAGCCUGUUGAUCGAGUCGCCGUCCCGCAUUCAGAUUGUCGACUUAAUUCGGAAGUUCGCCAAUCAGCUGAGCGUUGGCGUCGACAUGGGGAAGAUCGGCAUGUCGCAUUUCACGGGCCGUGAGAACAUAUCGAUGGUCAAUUGCACGACCACGUACAAAAUCACACGCGAGGAGUUACCUAAAACGCUGGAGACGCACAUGACAAAUAACGCAGAUUUCCAAUUGGUGGUGUUGCCAAUGGCGGACGCGAGGCCUGGCACGUCUCUCACCAUCGAGAAAUCCAGAAUGGGCUGCAACAAUUCGCCGCGCUACCAUAGGGAAUCCCCCGUAGGGACUUUGAAGAUGGUAAAAUUUUCCAGCAUGGUUUUUGUUGACGGCGCGAGCGGAUUCGAGACCUACACCGAGAUGGAUAUGGAAAUGCGAAAGGAAUUCUUGAACUUUAAUAUUUGUACAACAUUUGCGUUCAACAUCCGGCUGAAUCUGGACAGUAUCAUGCCCGCGCAAGACCCACUCCCGUCCAUCUCCAAUGGAGAAUUGUUCGAUCUAAACUCAUACGAUAUAUUGAGCAACAUGUAUUAGAUGCGAGAGAGAGAGAGAGAGAGAGAGAGAGAGAGAGAGAGAGAAAGAGAGAGAGAGAGAGAGAGAAACGUAUGGUGUACUUGUCACACUUGUAGAUAAACUGUAGAACUUGUAUCCAGUAAAAAAUAAGAACUGUAAAGGAACAUUAAUAAAAAGCAUCUAA